GGAACAGACGGCUAGGUCCUUGGGGCUCUCGCACCAAUACCGGGAAGGUUGUCAUCUUCACUCAGAUAUUCAGGUGGUGGAAGCCAAAUGCUGAAGUCACAGGGACUCAGAUUGGCUCUUACUUUGGGGCUGCUCUCUGCUCUGUGGAUGUGGACAGUGAUGGCAGCACUGACCUGAUCCUCAUUGGGGCUCCCCAUUACUAUGAACAGACCCAAGGGGGCCAGGUGUCCAUGUGCCCCAUGCCCAGGUGGAGCAAGUGGCGGUGUGAGACUGUUCUCCGUGGGGAACAGGGCCAUCCUUGGGGCCGAUUUGGGGAAGCUCUGACAGUGCUGGGGGACAUGAAUGGGGACAAGCUGACAGAUGUGGCCAUUGGGGCCCCUGGAGAGCAGGAGAACCGGGGUGCUGUUUACAUAUUUCAUGGGGUCUCAGGACUGGACAUUGGCCUUGUGCACAGCCAGCGGAUCACCAGCUCUCAGCUCUCCCUUAGGCUCCAGUAUUUUGGUCAGUCACUGAGCGGGGGCCAGGAUCUCACCCAGGAUGGACUGGCGGACCUGGCUGUGGGAGCCAAGGGUCACGUGCUGCUACUCAGGAGUCUGCCAGUGCUGAAAGUUGGGGUGUCUAUGAGAUUUGCCCCUGUGGAGGUAGCGAAGGCUGCGUACCAGUGCUGGGAAGAGGUGCCUGCCACCCUGGAAGCUGGAGAGGCUAUGGUCUGUCUCACUAUUCGCAAAGGCUCACUUGACCAAAUAGGUGAUAUCCAGAGCUCUGUCAGCUAUGACCUGGUGUUGGACCCAGGCCGUCUGAUUCCUCGUGCCAUUUUUAAUGAGACCAAGAACUGGACUUUGACUCGAAGAAAAAUCCUGGGGUUGGGGGAUCACUGUGAAACCAUGAAGCUGCUUUUGCCAGACUGCGUGGAGGAUAUAGUGACUCCCAUCACACUGCGUCUCAACUUCUCCCUGGUGGGAAACCCCACCUCAUCCGGGAACCUUCGUCCUGUGCUGGCUGUGGGUUCACAAGACUUCUCCACUGCUUCUCUCCCCUUUGAGAAGAACUGUGGGCAAGAUCACCUCUGUGAAGGGGACCUGAGUGUCAGCUUCAGCUUCUCAGGCCUGCAGACCCUAAUGGUGGGGAGCUCCCUGGAGCUCAAUGUGACAGUGACGGUGUCAAAUGAGGGUGAGGAUUCCUAUGGAACGGUGGUCACCUUCUACUAUCCAGAAGGGCUAUCCUAUCGACGGGUGUCAGAAAUACAGCAACCUCAUCAGCGCCCACUGCACCUGGCAUGCGAAGCAGAGUCCACUGAGAACAAGGCCUGGAGGGGCAGCAGCUGUAGCAUCAACCACCCCAUCCUCCAAGAGGGAACUAGGGGCACCUUCAUAAUCACAUUUGAUGUCUCCUACAAGGCUGCCCUGGGAGACAGAUUGCUUGUGAGGGCUAAUGCAAGCAGUGAGAAUAAUAAGCCUGCAACCAGCAAGACCACCUUCCAGCUGGAACUCCCAGUGAAAUAUGCAGUGUACACAGUGAUCAGCAGGCAGGAAGAAUCCACCACGUACUUCAAUUUUUCUUCUUCUGAUGAGAACAGCAAGAAAGAGGCCAAACAUCGGUAUCGGGUGAAUAACCUGAGCCAGCGGGACUUGGACAUCAGCGUUACCUUCUGGGUCCCCAUCCUUCUGGAUGGCAUGGCUGUGUGGGAUGUGGCUGUGAGGGCCCCUGCACAGAGUCUCCCCUGUGUGGCAGAGAGGGAGCCUCCCCAGUGCUCUGAUUUCCUGACCAAGAUUCCAAAGAGUUCUGUGCUGGACUGCUCCAUUGCUGACUGCUUAAGGAUCCGCUGUGACAUCCCCUCCUUUGGUGUCCAGGAGGAACUUGACUUCAUCCUAGAGGGCAACCUAAGCUUCGGCUGGGUCAGCCAGACACUGCAGAAGAAGGUGGAGGUCGUGAGUGUGGCUGAAAUCGCAUUCAACACAUCUGUGUAUUCCCAGCUCCCAGGACAGGAGGCAUUUUUGAGAGCCCAGAUGGAGACGGUGCUAGAAGAACAUGAAGUCUACAAUCCCACCUUCCUCAUGGUGGGCAGUUCUGUGGGAGGUCUGCUGCUGCUGGCUCUCAUCACAGUUGCCCUGUACAAGCUUGGUUUCUUCAAACGUCAGUACAAAGAGAUGCUGGAUGACAAGCCAGAAGACCCAGCCACACUCAGUGGGGAGGAUUUCAUCUGUGAGGACCCAAAUUUGCCUUUGUCCUAAUAAUCCUCUUUCCUGCUUAUCUCUACCCCAUGGACUGGUCCCAUCUCUGCCUCUAAAUCACAGCUUCUCACAGAUCGGGACUGACCUGAGCAACCUAUCAGGUUCUAGGCCAUUGAACUGAGGCACAAUGCCAGCACACAUUUUCAUAUGCAUGAGUUGUCACAUUAAAUGAGGGUGUCUGUAACACAUUUUCCUUGUAUGGAAGAGCUUGAUCCUAGGGUGCUAUUCCGGGAAUAAUCAGAAGAGCCUGCUGUGGAUAUAGAACAGGUCCUCUCACUUCCCAGGUUCCCAGGGUCUCAGAUCAGCUGCCUGAAUUUAGACAAGUCAUUGAGUUGCAGAGAAUCUCAGGUUCCUUCCCCAGAGGAGAAUUUAAAAUAUAUAUAAUAUAUAUAUAUAAAGAGGUGAUAGAGAAAGCAGGAGCCUCCCACCUAUACCUCCUAUACCCUC